AUGACACAAAAAUUACCACCAACUCCAUCAUUCAGCCAUAGAUUCGUAGUAGGAACCAUCGCUUUAGUGGCAGGAUUAUAUCUUCUCAUGGACGCAGGAAGAGAUUUCGAGUACAUUAAGUUCACACCUCAUUCCGCAGAAGAGACUGAAAGACGUAAAAAAGAACAUGUGGGCUUACUGAUAAAACAACUUGAUACUAGGACCUUGGACUAUACUCCUGAGGCCAAAGAAAGGUUACGAGGGUUAGUUGAACAAAAUAACCUGGCCUCUAACAAUGAUGAACGGAAGUAA